AUGCUUAUACAUAAUUUUAACACUGAAACAAGUGCAAACAUUCAAAAUAAAGAAACUAUUAAGCUAACUGAGCAAAUAAAUUUAUCCCGGCUAUCAAAUACAACUAAGCUCGAAUAUGUUCCAAUGGGAAUAACUUCACAUACUUCAACAAAAGGAGUCAUACCAUCAAAAAAUAAUCAGCAGCUUAAACUGCCUCUUGUGAGCCAUUAUUCGUCCUUAAAGCCUUCUGAAAGUAAAGAAUAUCACUUUAAACUCAACAAAAUUAGACUGCUUUCCAAGCUCGGACCUUCCAAAAACAAUCAAAAGAUAUUUCACAAUUUUAAGAGAAACUAUUUACUUCCUGAGCCGUGUGCUGGCCUUUCAAGUACUCUUACAUUUAUCAAAGGAAACGCUAGUCCAAUUCCUCAAACCAAACUAUCUCCUAAAAUUGAAAAGGUUGAGACAAAUGAAAUCUCAAAACAAUUGACACCUAGAGGGACCCAAGUGAAUAAUUCAAAGCAUAUUAGAAUAAUUUCGCAUUUACCAAGGAGGAGUAAGUUAAAAAUUAAAGAGGUAGGGAUAGUUCCUUCCCAUACAUUGAACGAUGUUGGAAGUGUUGCUUGCAAGUCUGUAAAAAUUAAUCCAAAGGAGAUAUUAAAUGGUGGAAGGGAAAGGAAUGCUACAAGGUACUUAGCAGUAAGAGCAAAGUCUUUUUCUGAGUCAAAAUUAACUGGCAGAUUGGUAAAUGUGCCAUAUGAGAAAAAAAUUAAAAUUAAAAGGCCAAAAAUUCAAAAGAGCAGCAACUCAAUUACAUAUGAAGCAAUUUCAGCUUGGGAUGAUUUAGAUCAAGAAGACUCAUUGUAUCAGCAUUAG